UUUACUUUUGGUCGAUGGCGUAAAUUCGGACCCGAUUCCCUCUCUACAGCUGUCUCAAAAGUCGUCAUCAUCUCUCUCAAUUCUCUUUCCUCUGCUCCUUCACUGUCCUGUUUUUCAGACCCAUUUUUGAAAUUCAUCGACGAUUUCGAUUUCUGUUUCUUUGUUUUUGGGUUCUCUUCUUGCAAUCGACGCCUCCCCUGUUGUGUUCUUCUUCUUCCUCCUUCCAUUUCCUCCACUUGAUUCGUAAUGUGUGUUUGUUCUGAGGGCUUUUAAUUCGAUUUCUUCAACACCCAUUUCGGAGCUAUGAAGAAUUUCUGACUUGGGAUUUCUUUGUUGUGUAGUUUGAUUACAUUCUGUAAGUCUUUUUGUACACUUUUUCCUUUUCCUGUUUCCUUCUGGGUUUUGAUCACUGUUCUUCGGGGUGGUUUUAAUUUUCUCGACCCAUGUUGUAUACAUUGAUGAUUCAUUCAGAUCUCUGGUUAUAGUUUGGUUUUCUGCAAUCUACGCUCUCGUUCUGUUUCUUCGUUCUGUUGAUUUCAGUCACCUGAUUCGUAAUGUGCACGAGUUUUGGGGUUUGAUUCAAUCUGCUUGUUGCUUUGAAAGGAAGAAGAAUCUGACACUUUUGAGUUUCUUUGUUAUUUGGUUGCUUUAUAAGCGUGUUUUUAGCUGAUGGACAAGGAAAAGCCCCAAUGCCAUGGGGGAGGAUUUAUGCACCAAUCAAGUCGUUACACGGGGUUUUCAUCUGCUGAAACUAGUUUCAAUGGAAAAUCUGAAGCAACCUCGUCUUCAAUGUCAUUCCCUCCAUUGGCUCCGAGUACUAAUUCUGAUUGGGGUCAAUCUGGCCGUGGAAUGUCUACCGAUUCCACUCGGUUUAGCAAUGAUAUUAGUCGGAUGCCUGAAAAUCCUCGGCGAAAUGUUGGUCAUAGGCGUGCCCAUUCAGAGAUCCUGACCCUCCCAGAUGAUAUUUGUUUCGAUAGUGAUCUUGGCAUCAUUGGUGGGGCUGAUGGGCCUUCUCUUUCUGAUGAUACUGAGGAAGAUUUGUUGUCAAUGUACCUUGACAUGGAUAAAUUCAAUUCCUCGACUGCUACUUCUGCAACUCAAGUGGGUGAUUCAUCCUCCCCUCUUGUAGAAGCUGCAGCAACUUCUACAGAUGAUAUUGCUGUUGGUUUGAAGGAGAGGCCGAGAGUUAGACAUCAGCAUAGCCAGUCCAUGGACGGCUUGACAAACAUUAAACCUGAGAUGCUUGUCUCUGGGUCUGAAGAAGCCUCUGCAGCUGAUACCAAGAAAGCCAUGUCAGCUGCAAAGCUUGCUGAGCUUGCGUUGAUUGACCCUAAACGUGCAAAAAGGAUAUGGGCAAACAGACAGUCAGCUGCACGGUCAAAGGAAAGAAAGAUGCGGUACAUUGCUGAGCUUGAACGGAAAGUUCAAACAUUGCAAACAGAGGCAACUUCUUUGUCUACUCAGUUAACCCUAUUACAGAGAGAUGCAAAUGGUAUCACUGCUGAGAACAGUGAACUAAAGCUGCGGUUGCAGACAAUGGAACAGCAAGUUCACCUGCAAGACGCUUUAAAUGAAGCACUGAAAGAAGAAAUUCAGCAUUUGAAAGUCCUGACUGGCCAAGCAAUGCCAAACGGUAGAUCAAUUACAAACUUUGCUUCCUUUGGAGCCAGCCAACAAUUCUAUCCUCCAAACAAUCAAGCAGUGCAUACUUUGUUAACUGCACAGCAGUUUCAGCAACUUCAAAUACAAUCCCAACAGCAACAGCAACAGCAACAGCAACAGCAUUUUCAGUACCAGCAGCUGCAUCAGCUUCAGCAACAACAGGCUGGAGACAUCAGAAUGAAAGGAUCCAUAUCUCCUCAAAGCUCAAAAGACUCUGCAUCGGACACGAAGCCACCUAGCACUGGUUGAAAGAUCUUCAUGACCAAGUACGUCGAGAAUAGAUUAUUUUGUAAAGAAAUGAUAUGGCUCAUUGUCCGAGAACAUUAUUGUUAGAAGUCAAUUUUAGUUUCAUUCAAUACUUAGAUAGCACAUUACCCUUCCUGUAGGCAUGCAUACAUUUUGCUUUCCAAACGCACGGUCGUUCCCUCAAGCCAUGCUCAUUUGUCUUUUUGAAGUUCAUUAUCUGUAGACAACAAAGUGGUAGAUGAUUUGUUAUUAGUUUGUGGAUAUUACAGUUGCUGAUGUUAUUCCUAUUUUGUCAUUACUUAUUUGAAAGCACGGAUAUGGAUAUGAGAUAUGAAUAUGAUGA